AUGAAAUUUUCAUUGUUUUCCACCGCUCUCUUCCUGUGUGUGGUAUUGACCAACAGAUCCUUCGUACGCUGUUCACUUCGACUUCAAGAUGAUCCAAAGAGCUCCAGUAAUACCAAAGAUGAGCCGAGUUUCGCAUCGCUAGCCAAAGUAGCCUUUGAGUCAGACGACCCGUCCUUUUAUAAAAAAACACCCAAACACGACUUUUCUUCUCUCGCGGAGCUGGCCCAUGAGCUGGAAUACCUGUCAAACCUGAAGACGACGACUGAAAAAAACAACUUCGCAGCGCUCUCCAAGCUCGCCUUUGAACUGGAUGACCUGAAAAACCCCAAGAAGUCGAAGUCUGACGAAUUCGGGUCGCUCACCAAAGCAGCCUACGAGCUCGACGAGCUGUCAGAUUUCAGAAAAAGUUCCGUCAAGCACGACUACGCGUCAGUCGCCAAGCUCGCCUUUCAGCUCGACGAUCUGUCCCCGUACAAGAAGUCUGACGGACACAACUAUGCCUCACUCGCAAAGCUCGCCUUUGAGUCCGACGUCUCGCCAGCCCCGGCCAAACCGUCGAAGAAACCCACUUCCGACCCUGCCGUUGACGAGCUGAAGGAGCUGUUUGAAAACCUUAAGUUUUUCGCAACCACCACGACCACGACGUUCCACAACGCCAAGGCUGGCACGCUCCACCUCAGCUUCUCCGAUGAGCUGAGGCCUCUGAAUGACGACCAGUACAACGUGGAGAAGGAGUUGAACCUGGUUGACUUCUACUUCCGCCCCUCAUUCAACUGCGAGGUGGUCAAGUACAGGGACGUCACGGUGUGGAAGAAGGGCGACUCCGACGUCAAGGUGCCCAGCACCGUGACCUUCGACAUGGACGAAAAGGAACUCGUGGUGCGCGACGACUCAAGGCACGUCACCUACCGCGAGAUGGCAAACGGCAGCUGGAGGCUCCUUUCCGUGGAGGUGUUUAGCACGAAGGACCUGUACUACGAUGCCUUGGACUCCGAGCUUUUUAAGGCCUUUAACCUGCCUCUAUCUGUGCCCUUGCCACUCGAGUUUUACCUGAGCAUAACGAUGAUGACCAAGGCUUUGAACAUUUACACGAGGCACGGGGACAACCUAAUAAUGACCAACAACUUAGCCGCCUACGAGUUAGACAGAAUAGGCAAGUUCAGGAGCAUCUACGUCUUCAAGUUCCACGCCAGCACCAAGUGCGUCGGCGUAGAGUUCCAGGGCAGGAGGAUAUGGUCCCGCGAGCUGAACGACGACACUCCUCUCCUCGACGACGAGUGCACCAAGGAGUACCCUCUGAGGGUGGUCUUCAACACGAGGUCGAACGCAGUCUACGUCAUGUUCAGAAACACGUACUUCGUCUGCGUCAGACAGCUCCACGGCUUCUUCCUGUUCAAAGUCAACUUACUCAAGUUCACGUGGUUUUAA